UGACAGGGUGUGCUUGUCAUAACGGGAUGAUGCUGUUCUUGUUUAAUCGCGUUUUAACCAUAUUUGAUUGACUGUGUUGUCAGGAUUCUUUAAAUUAGAACAUUUCAAACAACAAGCAUUCGCUAUGUGUUCGUCUGCUUCAGUUUUUUCUGUUGUUACUAGUUUUACCUUUGUGUUGUGCUGUUUUCUCCUGCCACAACCAGUGUACCCUUGCAUCCGCCUCAACAACAGACCCAUCAUAGGGAUCCUGGCACAAGAAAAUCAAAAGAGCGACCUCCACCCUCAGGGGAUAUCUUACAUUGCUGCUUCAUAUGUGAAACACCUGGAAGCAGCUGGCGCUCGAGUGGUGCCUGUGAGAAUAAAUCGUACAGAGGAUGAAUAUGAAAAACUUUUCUACUCCAUAAAUGGGUUGUUGCUACCAGGAGGAGAAGUGGAUAUUGAAAGAUCUGAGUUUGCCAGAGCGGCGAAGAUAUUCUAUAAUCUGGCAAUAAAGGCCAACGAUGAAUCUGACUACUUUCCAAUCUGGGGAACAUGUCUAGGAUUUGAGCAGCUAACAGUUCUCACCAGUGGCAAAAAUAUUCUUACUGUAACAAAAACAGAAGGAGUUGCUCUCCCGUUGACAUUCACUCAAGCUGCCAAAGAAAGCAGGCUGUUUAAGACGUUUCCCAAGGACUUGUUACAAGCGCUGUCUACAGAGAACAUCACAGCAAAUUAUCACGACUGGAGCCUUUCUCUGCGGAAUUACACCAACAACAAUAAGCUACAAAGUUUCUACAAGAUUCUGUCAACCAACACAGAUGGACAUACAGAGUUUAUAUCCACAAUGGAGGCUUAUAAGUACCCUUUCUAUGCUGUCCAGUGGCACCCGGAGAGGAAUGCUUUCGAGUGGGUGCAGAAGACAGGCAUGGCUCACUCCCCUUCUGCUGUGAAAGCAUCAUUUUACACAGCCGACUUCUUUGUAAAUGAAGCCAGAAGAAACUUCCACCACUUUGCAACUAAGACUGAAGAGGAAGAUGCCUUGAUCUAUAACUAUUGUCCGUCUUUCAAGGGGCAAGACGUUGCAUUUCUGCAAAAGUAUUACUUUGAUUAAAACCCCUUCUCUUUACAUAAUCAUUCCAGUGUAAAUCUAUAUACCUUUUGUUCUUGUUUUCAUUCCUUUUAAAAUGGUGUUACCAGGGGUGUUAGUUACAAUACUUAACUAUAAUUAGAAACCUCAGAACCUUCAUCCAGCAAUGAAGAAGCGCUGUUGCAGGACACUACCACUCAGUAGAUGACCGUCGAACAGAUUAAAUAUUUAGCUUUAAAAAACAAACUAAACAGAAGGAAGGCAUAACAUUAAAGUAAAUCUGUACAUUUACUGGUUUGUAAUCGCAAUACAACCCUAAUCGUCAGGCAUUACCUUCCUGACAUGGGUAAUGUCCUCAAAUCAGGGUUCUGUUGCUUUAUUAACACAUACUGUAGUGGAGGCAUGCAUCAUAGACACAGCCCUAUUAACACACAGCUAACCCAAUCAAGACAAAAGUUCAUAUUUAUCUGCUGCACUGUGGUUGUCAUCUGCUGAGCAGACUAGUUACCAAACCCCUAGUUGUGAGGAAAGACAAUGGACAGAAUGCUCUGUUCUAUAAAGAAUACUGACCGCUGAAUGUCCCCCUUUGAGGGGAUUCACUGCUGCCACUAUUGUAUAGUAGGACUAUAAAGAAACCUGGGAAUAAAGUUAGGGAAGCAUUUUAACCACAAGUCUUUGUCAAUAUCUUUCUUGUUGGUAUACAAAACUGACAAAAUAGACAUUGGUCUAUUAUUACUGUUUUUUUUGUUUUUUUUUACAGAGCUGUAUCUUUUAUGAUUGAGUGAUUAACAUUAUGGAUGCAAUUUAGUAAGCUUUCAUUUCAAAUAUAUAAAAAAGUGGCUAUUUUAGAUUUUGUUAAAUGUCAUGUCUAUAUUAGUUAAUCCUUUAAUCAGAUUUUUUUUAUAAUUUGAAAUUCCUUUUAAUGCAAUUUGAUAGAAUUGGAGAAGAGCAAAGUUACAAUUGAAACAUGAUUAUGUAAAAAAAAAUCUAAUCUAGAAUUUAAAGCAUAUAUUGUCAUUAGUAAGUUCUUACAAUCAGUAUUUAUUAUAAGAGUUUCAAAACUUAUACCUAUUUAACAUGCAUGAAACAAAUGAAAGAUACUAAUCAAGCAUGCACAGUUUUGCUUGUCUCAUUUAAUUGGGUUGCAAACUCAUGAAACCAGUGUGGUAUUGCAGUAAAAUAUUGUACAGUGCUGUGCAUGUGGUUAUUAAGCUUGCACAUUCCACAACCAUGGCUGUAUUCCUAAAGCUUUCAUUGGAGCCCUUUGCAUUUACCUGCAUGCAGUAAAUAAGAGUUGUAAUCUGCUACUAAAGGCAAGUACCAUUUGAGAAGGUUUGCAAAUUCACAUCCAUUUGUCCACACACUAAACACAUCGUUUUGACAUUGUAUUUAUAAAACAAACUUGUGUGUAAAGAUUUGGUGAAUUAAAACCAGUUGCAAAAAAAAAAAAAAAAAAUCCUAGAGAUGAACCCUUCUGUAAAAACGUUA